UUCUAUCUAUUAAUCAAAAGGAGUUGGAUAUACUAUGACAAUUACUGCAUGCAACUGAAUUUUAAAUCAUGCAGGAAUCAUGUGUGGUAUUAACUUGUAAUUAUUAUUUGGUUAGUCCUACUUUAUCAGAAAAAUAGCAAUAGGAAGUAUUGUACCAGAAGCUCUUAAUCUUAUCUCAAAAAAAAAUUUACUAGUUGAGAAUUGUAUCAGGAAAAAUAAAAUUUAAAUACUUUUACCUCUUUUUAUUAGAGCACUGGUGUUUAAAAAUGUAUAAAUAGCUAGAAGAAGAUUGGAAGGAAAGUUUGCUCCUUAACAUGGAGCAAACUAAACAUACUCCUGGUUAGUGGCAACACUUGACAGCCAACAAGUUAAUUGAGUGCUGCAUGUCAGAAUCAUUCUCUACAUCUUCUAAGCUGCCCUUUAUUUCAAAAAUAAAGUAUCAUGGCUCAUGAGUUCUCACUUCUCAAUGAGCAAUUUUGCAAAGGAGUAUACCAUUUAAGUUUUUUUCAGCUCAUAUAUAUUUCCAAAGACGAUGUCCUCCAGUGGCAUAGAUCCUAUGGUGUGGCUGCAUGUCUCCAACAAACACCAUUUUCAAAUGUUGGAAAAAGUCUUUUAUCCACCAUCUUCAAAUUAUUUGUAAUCUCAAGCUCUUAUCCUCUAUAAAUGUAUAAUUAUUUGAAAAAGUUUGUAUUAACUUGUAGCAAGUUGCAAGUGACAUGAGAAAUAAGGGGAUUUUUCAAAAUGAAAAUUAGCUGAUCAUUGACAAAUGCUGUCUAUUGAUAAAAGAAAAAUAUGCUUUAUUCUUAGAAAAUGUAGCUUUUUUGAUUUUUCAUCACCAGCUCCAUUUUAGAUUUAACAAUAGUGGGCUUAGAUGCCAUGGAUGGGGAAUCAAGCAUCCAGGGUCAGCAACCACAUUACUUGAAGACAUGUUCAAAACUGAAUCUAGAUCUGGGCAGCAUUGUCUACUUUUUAGGAUAUGCGGAGAAAGAAGAUCUCAUGGUAGGCGAGGGAAAGGUGGUUAUAGCCACUGACAAUCUCAUAAAACUAUCAACUGAUGGAAUCGCAUGGAGCCCUGGGUCUGCUGGAUUUGAUGUGCAAGGGAAUCUUGCAUUCAUGAUCUGUGACCCUAUGAAACUGGCUACAUCUCCUAAUACCAAAUCCUCUUCAACAGCUUCUUCAUCCUCAUCAUCAUGGAAGAAGGAUACUUCCAUGCAGUUUGGCAUCCCCAUCCCCAUAAUUUGUGAUUGGUUAAACCAGCAUUGGGAAGGCAGCCUUGAUGAACUUACUAAACCAAAGUUGCCAAUUAUUAGAUUGAUGUCCUCAGGCCAGAGGAGCGAUCACUCUUGUGCUUCCUUCACAAUGCGUCAGGUGUUUAAGCCUACAGAAGCAGAUUAUGAUGGAACUCCAUCUUCAUCAAAUAUGAUCUCAAAAGCUAGGGACCAACCAGGACCAAGCUGUUCCACUGCAACAAACACCAUUGAAGAAGAGGUGGCAAAGUCUGAUCUGCAAGCUACACACAUGCAGGGAAUCCCUACUCCAGAAAUAUAUGAAUCACCAAAGUUGACUGCAGUUCCUAUGAAGAUGAAAGAUACUGGCCAAAUGCAGCUUUUGGAUAUAAAUUUCCCUUCAAGGGUUGUAAAAGCUGCAAGACUUUCACAGCCAGUAAAACGACUGCUGUUGAACUCUGAUGAGAAUGAUGUCAAAGAACUUCCUCCAGGAAGCCCACCAAGACAAGAAAAUAAAAUCUGCAAUAGAGGAGAGAUCAGUUGUGGUGUAGAUGCUGAGGUUUCCUCAACUGGUUCUGUAAAUGGUGCCCAGGGUGAGGAACAGUCUAGUUCAUCCCCUAUUGAAGUUUCAGAGAUGCAGAAUGGGUAUAGCAGUGAGGGUGAGACAAUGUACUCUGCUGAAACUGCUGAGAGCCGAAACUAUACCAGUCCUAGAGAAGGGAAGUUCCAACAAGUAGGAAGGAGCCAGAGUUGUGUUGGUUACAAUAGAUGGGGACCUGUUCAGAGGAAUCCAUUGGCUCGUAAGAUAUCAGUGGAACCACAGAGGAGCUUUGUUCAUGGGAAAAAUACAUACUCGCAAGGGGCAACUUCUCAGAGGAGUAAUGACUACUUCAGUCCCACGGUUUCCUCAAUCAUGAAGAAACGGAACUCAGAACAACCAAGUAGACCUCAGCAAAGCGCCAUUCAUUCAUCCCCAAGAUGGAUGUUUUGAUUUCUUCAUCCCACCACACAUAUUUAGUUCUUUCUUUAUAUGGUGCCUAAAUUGAUAACCAAUUACUUGCAGCGCAACUAAUUUAUUUCCACAUGUGCAGAUGGGAAUAAAAAACCCUCAGCCAGGUUGGUUGUAGUUCUACCCAAUGGUUGAAAAUGGUUUUCCAAAAUUUUUGGUGGAACGAUUCCACCUACAUUCUCAUUUAAGAAAAUUGCAUUUUACUUGCAUGUGAUUUCAGGUGCACUGCACACGCAACCAGUUUCAAAAUGUGCACGACCACCUGAGGUUUGCACCUACUUCUGAGGUUAUGUAACUCGAAUUCUUUUCCAUAACCUUCCUUUGGUUCUAACUGUGACCAUUCUUAUUUUGCAUGACAUUUUGCAUCUAUAACCUGCUGCCAAUUAAUAAUAUAUGAUGAUUACC